AUGUACGUUAGCACAAGUGUAAUAAACAAAAAUUAUCUCGAGUACAUCUUUAAUGUGUUACAACAGAAAGCAAAGACAUCGAUCAACAACGAGGCAAUCGAACAAGUGUGUUCAACUAGAGGUAAUUUGGUGUUUGAUGACAAAUUUUGCCUCGUUUCCAAGUACUUAAGCCCUUGGACUAUAGACAUGGAUUACGAUAAAAGUUGGCUUACUUGGCACCUUGCUACUGAUAUUUACUAUUGGAUCAAGAAACUCUCGGAUUACAUGGCUUAUCUUCUACUUAGACGUCAAGAGCUCGUGCUAGAGCUAGUAGGUCGAUCCGAUAUUCGAUUUCAACACACAAUAAAAGAAAUCGAAGAUUAUUCAUAUUGGAAAGAAGACAGUGUCUCAACUCAAAUGACACUAGAAAAUCUUUUAAGAAGAUUUUGCGAAUAUGUGCUUUAUAAAAAAGUAGACGAUGAAAUACAAAUUUCAAUCGGGGAGACAAAUGAUAGCCAAUCUGUGUUCCAUGAUGCGUGUCUCUUGGCGAAACAAUUGGCUAUGUUUGGUGACGAUAGGGAGAUAAUUAGUAACGUUUGGGUUGAAAUGUUGAGUUACGCGGCUAUCCAUAGCUCACCUAGAUCGCACUUAGCGUAA